AUCGAAUGGAAUUCAUCCUAGCUUUGCUCUCGUUGGCGGGUACAUGGGUGUCCGUCUUGACCGCAAUCCUUCUGCUCUAUAUUCGUUCACUACACAUAGUUUAUUUUGUGGUUGGCUCUGUCCUCACUGCAUUCGCCGCAAAGAUUCUAAAAAACGCAAUUAAGCAGCCUCGUCCAAGCCACUCAUCAAACGUUCGUAGUAAAAUUAGCUAUGGAAUGCCAUCGUCUCAUUCCCAGGUCAUUGCAUUCUUUGCUGUCUACAUUCAUCUAGCAUUUAGUGCAAAUGCUAUUGAGUAUUCAUUAGUGCGCUCAAUUCUUGUCAUAUUUGUUCAACUCACUGCUUUUCUUGUCGCAUGGUCGAGGGUUGAACUUGGACACCACAGUCUUCCUCAAGUAUUGGUUGGGUCUGUACUUGGAGCUACGAUAGCCUUAUUAUGGUACAUUCUGUGGCAGGAGAUUGGAUCCAAAUACGAAGAAAAGUUCAAGGGAGACAUAUUCGUUAUUGGAUUCGAAAAAGCAGUAUCAUUAGUUUAUCCUUUGUCCUAUUAGAAUUUCGCGGUUUAAUUUAUAUGUAUUUGGGCACCAAGUGAUUUUUCUCAAAACAAACAAAAUCAUUAAUAAAUAUUUAUCAACUUG